GCCAAAGCGGUUAUUUACAAGCGGUUAUGCCAGUGGCACAGUCAGCCCUUGCCAUGGCAGAUGAGACGAGCGCAUGGCCUUUGUCUGCGAUCACCGAUUUGAGCGAACGCAUCGCUGCCUGCGAGCAACAGCUGGGUGUGUCACCAAGCUCGCCAAGCUCUGCACCCGCUCAGCCAAGAGCCCACGCCCGGGUGGCAGAGCUGAAACGCAAGCUGGAUGAGAUUGGCAAGUCCUCCAAGCUGAUGCCCAAACUCCAGGAGCUGGAGCACAGUAUGGAUCAGUUGGAAGACUGGCUGCAUACCGAACACGCGGGCGCUUCACAGAUCCUCUUGCAUUCCAGUACGAAGAAAAGUUACGUGGUGCAGCACGCGCAGCAGUUGCAGGACUUCGCCCGGCAGCUGAAGGAAGUCGAGGCACUCGAAAGCUAUGCGGCUGAGCAGCCAAGGAAAAGUGGAUCAUCAGCAAAACUUCUUUUCUUGGUGAACACCCCCUCCCUGCGGGAGCUGCCAGCCUAUGGCGAGCGGCUCCGAGCGGCUGACGCCAAGAGUGCGGUCCUGGUCGGCUCGGCGAUGCAACUCCACGAGGAAGUGGGACGUUUGGCUGAGGACUACUACCAGGCCAUGACCGCGCUGAAUGACCAGAUGUCGCUUUGGGACCAACUUCUCAGUGACAAGAUCGGCACGGGAGUUUGAUCACAACCAACCUGAUGAUGGAAAGCCGCUCAUUGAAGCAGAAACAAGAGUUGGGUUCCGCCAGUGGAAUCUUGGAAGUUUAAAGUGCACUCGCGCAUGCAGGGACACAAGUAAGUGGAACAGCCUGGCUGCAAGAGAAACACAGUUCUAAAACGUUUUUUUGGUGACGGACUUGCCAAAGGCUCUCUGGAGAUGUCGCAACAAGCCUGCGCUAUGGAUUUCGCACCAGACUUGAAUCAUUCGUCAUGAGGGAUGUGCCAUCACCGGUGUGCCAGGACAGGCUUUGUUGGU